GGCAGUGCUGCAUUCAUCGGGGGGGCCCCCCUGCUAGAUUGAGCGCCCACUCCCAGGCCAGCCUUCCUUCGCCCACCAUCGCACAGGAUGCCGGUCUUGGGCGUGAACAGGGACAAGCUGUUUGAGGCUCUGGGCCAGAAAUUCACCGAGGAGGAGUUCGAGGAGCUGUGCUUCGAGUAUGGCAUCGAGCUGGACGAUGUGACCAGCGAGAAGGAGAUGCUGCGCAAGGAGCUGCAGGGCAGUGCCAACGCGGACGUGAGCGGGGCCAGCGAGGAAGUGAUCUACAAGAUCGACAUCCCCGCCAACCGAUACGACAUGCUGUGCCUGGAGGGCAUCGCCCGCGCCCUCAACAUCUUCCGCCAGCGCCAGGCGCCGCCGCUGUUCCGCCUGGCAGACAUGGCGGGCAAGCAGCUGCAGCGCAUGGUGAUCAAGCCAGAGACGGCGCUGGUGCGGCCGUUUGUGGUGUGCGCCGUGCUGCGCGGCGUGCGCUUCGAUCCAGUGCGCUACAACUCAUUCAUAGACCUGCAGGCGAGUGCCGGGGAAGCGCGGCUUUUAGCAGACAAGCUGCACCAGAAUGUGUGCCGGCAGCGCACGCUGGUGGCCAUUGGCACGCACGACCUGGCCAAGGUGCAGGGACCUUUCACCUACGAGGCGCUGCCGCCGCAGGACAUCCGCUUUGUGCCGCUGAAGCAGACGCAGGAGUUUGAUGCGGCGGGGCUGAUGCAGCACUACCUGGCCAAUGACCAGAAGCUGAAGAAGUUUGUGCCCAUCAUCCACGGCUCGCUCGUCUACCCCGUCAUCUACGACGCGCAGCGCAGGGUGCUGAGCCUGCCCCCCAUCAUCAACGGCGCCCACUCCGCCAUCUCACUCGAUACGCGGGACGUCUUCAUCGAGUGCACCGCCACAGACCUCAACAAGGCCAAGAUGGUGCUCAACACAGUGGUGGCCAUGUUCUCCCAGUACUGCGAGCGGCCGUUCGAGGUGGAGCCAGUGGAGGUUGUUGACGCCCUUGGGAACACACACGUGUACCCGCAGCUUGACACGCGGCAGAUGGAGGUGGCGGUGCCAUACAUCAACGGCUGCAUCGGCACAGACCUGGCGGCAGACAAGAUUGCGCAGCUCCUGAGCAAGAUGCAGCUGACGGCGACGCCCGCGGCAGACGGCAGCAGGGUGUCGGUGCAGGUCCCCAUCACGCGCAGCGACGUGCUGCACGCCUGCGAUGUGAUGGAGGAUGUAGCCAUCGCCUACGGCUACAACAACCUGGUGAAGAGGGUGCCCAAGACGGUGACGGCGGGCAAGGAGCUGCCGCUCAACCAGAUGUGUGAGCUGCUGCGGGGGGAGUGUGCCAUGGCUGGCUUCACCGAGAUUCUCACCUGGGCGCUCUGCUCACAUGCCGAGAACUUUGGCCAGCUGCUGCGGCACGACGACGGCGACACGGCGGUGUGCAUCGGCAACCCGGCCACUGCGGAGUUCGAGGUCUGCCGCACCAGCCUGCUGCCCGGAGCGCUCAAGACGCUAGGCUCCAACCGCGACGCCCCGCUGCCUGUGAAGCUGUUUGAGGUGUCUGACGUCAUACUGCUGACGGGCAGCAAGGGGUGCGGCGCGGCCAACUGCCGGCGCCUGGUGGCGGUGCUGUGCGACCGCGCCGCCGGCUUUGAGGUCAUCCACGGCCUCCUCAACCGCGUGAUGGAGGUGCUGGGGGUGCCGCACUCGGGCGACGCUGACCCGGCGGCGGAAAAGCAGCGGCAGCGGCUGGGCGGCGGGUACGACUGGCGGGCGGCCGACGACGCGCCCACGUUCUUCCCGGGGCGCCAUGCGGGCGUGUACUUCCGCGGCACUCGUGUGGGCGAGUUCGGCAUCAUCCACCCCGACGUGCUGGUGGCAUUCGACAUCAUCAACCCAGUUGCGGCGAUGGAGCUUGACCUGGAGCCCUUCUGCUUCGACCAGCUUGGCCGCCAGCUAGAGACACAGAUACUGUGACCCUGCCCUUUUGGCGGCAGCAGCAGCAGCAGCGACAGCGAGUGCGUACUGCAGCCCUUGACCAUGUCCAUUUCAUUCUCUUGCUAUUCACUCUGUGAGGAGCAAACGUUA